CCGAGUCUCAUUGUGCCUGGCCUUCGUCAACUUCACCGUCGUCUUGACUAACUGUGAAGUGCAAUUCAGGAUUGCAGAGCAAUGUUUGUUUGUUAAUCUGGUUGUGAUGUCCUUACUAUUACGAUGGAAAUUUGUGUUGCGUAAAGCUUGAAUCUGUUUUUAAAAGGAGCAAGAAACUACGAGCGAUUUCGAGGUGAGGUAGGGAAGGUGUGAGAAUUGUUGUGCAGACAGACUUGGAGGGUGUUUCCUGAGCGUUUAUCAACCCCGGGGGGUUUGGCCGGGAAGAAUGUUCUUGACCAUUUCUGGUUCAGUGUGUGCGGGAAUUUAAGGAUCGUCGAGAAAGUGGUGUAGGUGAGAGGCUUUUGGAAAUGGAGCAAGGGCAAGGGUAUGGUCGUUCUUACGUGCCGCAGCCUCCUCUUCCGAUUCCGCCCGCGGGGCUUGCUCAAAUGCAUGGAAUGCAGCAGUAUGCCCCUCCUCCUCCUUUUCCUUACCAUGCACCUCAGUAUCCAUAUCCAGCUGGUCCAGCUAGGUCUGUGGCAGUUCCUCCUGCUGCGGUUCCGCCUCAGGGACCUGGAUUAGGGUUAGCAGCAGGUUUCUUUAACCCUUGGGAGCCACCUCCUGCUCCGGUUCAACCUCCAGCGGACAACGAUCUGCAGAAACGUAUUGACAAACUCGUAGAAUAUGCAUGUAAGAAUGGGCCGCAGUUUGAAGCAUUGAUGAAGGACAAGCAAAAGGAAAAUCCUCUGUAUUCUUUCUUGUUUGGUGCCGAGGGCCACGAUUACUAUAGAUAUAAACUUUGGCAAACUCUGAAUCCUGUUCAAGGCAAUCCACUUCCGGCUACGGUUCCUUCGUACAACCCCACAUUGGCUGGUUUUAACGCCACCCAAAGCACGUCUCUUGCACCAGGACCAGGACCAGGACUUGCAGGUGUAAACUCCCCCUUGAACCCUGCUCUUGCUAGCUCACUCAAACCAGCUUUGAGUGCUGCUCCACCUGUGCCUCUUCCUAGUGCGUUUCCGUCUGCGUACAUUGAGCAACAACAUCAUUCUCAACCAUUUUAUGAUCAGUUUCAACAUGAGAGCUACGGAGAAGUCAAUUAUCAGCAAGCUCCCGUCGCACCGCACUCGGGACCUCUUCCUGCAGAUAUUGCAUCUCAGAUGAAAGGAAUACUGGACAACUUGACAGGUACAAAAGAAUCCAUCAAAGGAGCAAAAAUGUGGUUCAUGCAGAGGGCUGCUUACGGGCCAGCGUUGGUAGAAGUGUUGAAAGAGCGAGUUCUGUCAAUGGACGAUGUGGAGAGACAGUUACACAUCAUUUAUCUUGCGAAUGAAAUCCUAUUCAGCAGUCUACAGCACCGCACAAAUUUGAAGGAAUUUGAUCCCGAAGCUCUCGCCUUCAAGCCUGCUUUGGGGGGUAUGUUGGCCGCCAUCUAUCACAAUCCAAAAGACAUGGCCAUGAAUCAAGAUCGCUUACAGAAGAUCCUGCAAUUUUGGGGUGCCAAGGAGGUCUAUGAUAUGGAUACUAUUAAUACUUUGGAAGGUGAGAUGGUAGCUGGACCUCCACCCCCAGAGGUACCUACAAUGAAACCUUCCUCAGCUGUACCAUUUCAGUAUGGAAGUCAGUGGCAGUCAGAUCAAGCCUCGCAACCGUCAUCCAAUGCACCACCACAACAAACAGAGCAACCGCAGUCGUCAUCAUUUCCAGGAGCUCCUCAAUUUUACGGAGCAGGUGUUCAAUUUAAUUCGUCGAACCCUGCUCAACAAUACAUAGCGUCUCCAGUGCCUUCUCUAUAUCCUGCACUAGCUGGACCACCUUUUUUAGCUCCCCUGCCGUCUCCUGUACCAAUUCAAACGCCACCACUUGCAGCAUUACCAACUCCAGUCCGCCCAACGGACCAAACUCCCUAUCCACUAUUUCCACCGGGACUGAUUCCAGGGAUGGUACGGAAGAUGCAGAUUGGAAGUGGCGUUCCAUAUUCUCCUUUGAGUCCUCUUGAUAUUCCCACCGUUAUUCCUCCCUCCACAGCCUCAGAUUCUUAUAUUCUUGAGAGGGUGACAAAGUUCUUCAAGGAGAUAGGAGAGGUUGAUCCAUUAGAAGGACAAGUGGCUGUGAAUGAUGCCAAGAACCAUGAUGAUGAAGGCGACGAAGAUAUUGGCAGGGAAGGAGGUGCUCGCAUCCCUCCUCCUAACAGUAUGCAGAUCGAUUCAGAAGUCGGCACCAUGCAAGACGGAAGCCUAGAGCAUCGACCUGGCAUGACAAGUUCAGGUCGCCUUGGUUUGGGAGCCAGCGCUGAUCCAAAUGAGGUCACUCAAUACGACGAUGUGUAUACUUCUUACAGAAAACAAAGGAGUACAAAUUAUCAUACAACCUUGAGUGCGAGGGCAGCAGCUAGAUAAUUAGAGUCUGCCUUCUUUAUGUGUCCUAGAUACCAAUUGCGGAACAUAUUAGAUGUCAGUAGAUUUGUCUUCGUAGAAAACCAUGAAAACAUAGUCAUUCUGCUCAGUUGGAAAGCAGUUAUGAAACGGCGGAUAAUUGUUUGCAUGUGCAUUUUGGAUGGACUAAUGUUGUGGGUAAAGGUUUCUCUGGUGCAGUUUGAUGAAUUUUUUGGGGAAAAUCAUUGAGUGUGAAACAGCAUGCAGCAUUUUUCAAUGCGCGCUUCAGGUGUCUUGCGUUUCCUGGCCACACUCUGCAGUACUGGCACGAACGGAGUUCGGGCGGAUGGGUACGGUCCUUUUGAGAUCCGCUGCAGGAUCAAAUAGUAGGAGAUUAGCCAUGAAUUAUUGUCAUUGAGCAUGUAACCACAAUAAGGUUGCAUGGCAAGCAAUUGUUGGGACCACAUUAAUCGGCAUCGAGAAUCGAUGCACGCACUGUUUGGCACUGUUUGGCGGGAUAUAUAUAUGACACUUAAAUUAAUAUUAAUAAUGUA